AUGAGGGCUAGAGCAAUGACCAGUGCCAUGAUAAGUCCCUUGAAAUCGAAAUCAUGGUCAUGGUCUGAAAGCAAUUCAGAGCAAACAACUUUCCCCAUGUUCGACAGUCUGGAUACAAUCUUCGUCAAGAUGCCUCGUUUGUUUUUGAAAGAUGAAAAAAAACUUGCGAAAAUUACGGUUUUUAAAGGACAGAUGAACUAUUUAUCUUAUUUAAAAUGGCUGUCUUUGAGCAACACGUGGCUUUCGAAAGCAUUAAGCCAUGUGAGGAGUGGGCAACUGCUUGAACCAGAAAUAUCCAAACACAAUGUUAAGGAUAAAAUAAAAACGAUGCGAGGCGUCGUACUUGCAUCUUGGAAAUCUAAACUUCUUCUGUGGGAGAACGGUCCUCAGAGAGCAGGUGGUGAACUGGUGGUGCAGCAAAAAGUUGCGGACGUUAACCGAUGUCACCGAAUCUAUCACGUGGGUACUGAAUACUCCAUGGAUUGGCAGCUUCCAUCAUCCCCCGAAUUCUCAGCUACCAUUCUCAUCACAGGAGUCGGAUCAAAUGGCAUAACCCGGAUGGCAUCCAAUAGCUCAGCCAACAAUAAAAUGGAUGGCAAUCGAGCUCUUGAGCCUCAGUAUACCCUUCAAACCUUGAUCCCACAGCCAAUCAGGGCUGCAAAUAUAUCAAGCUACAAAAAAUAA